AUGACAACUGCCGCCGGGUUCAUACUGUUUCGUAUGAUCAACGGCAGAAUUCAUUACCUUCUUCUGCGAGCGUCGUACGGCACCCACCACUGGACUCCUCCUAAAGGCCACGUGAAUAAAGGAGAGUCAUUGCGAGACGCAGCGGUGCGGGAAACAUUCGAAGAAACCGGUUAUUCGCCUGAUGACUACGAAGAAGUGCCCGGUUUUAAACGAACGUUGGAGUACAUGGCGAAUGGUCAUCAGAAGACAGUCGUUUAUUGGCUAGCGAAAUUAAAGAAUGAAGAGAAAAAACUUUCUCUGUCAGAAGAGCAUCAGCAGUUUCGAUGGCUACCGCUGGAAGAGGCAAUUCGAAUUACGUACCCAAGUAUGCAGGAUGCGCUUGCCGACUCGGAAAAUUUCUUAAAUCCAUCAUAG